AUGCCGUCCUCCCCAUCAUCGAAGCCGCCGCCGUCGGUCAGCUUCAUGGAUGCGGUGAAGCAACGCUACGGCUCUGCCGACGACAAGAACGCGGAGGAGUCGCUCGGCCUGGCCUUAGCGCAAGACCGAAAGUGGGAGUUUGUCGGCGCGCUGAAAACACGUGAGAAGCAGAGCCGCCACGAUCAACUCGCCCUUGUCGUGUUGCGAAACUGCGGCAUCAACGUGGCCAUGCACGAGCCGAGCGCCGCCGCCGCCGCGUCCGCAGGUGGCGGCACAAAUGAGGUGCAGGAGGCAAACAUGACUCGACUAGAGGAGCUGGACCUGUCGGAGAACACGGCGCUCUCGCUGACAGAGGUGGGCAAACUCGUGCCCCACCUCCCACGCCUAAAAACACUGCAGCUGUGCUGCAUACCAAACCUGUUGCUGGUAAAGGAACCCACCACGGUGGCGCUCUCGUCAGCGCACCUGUCCAAGCUAGUGCUGAACAACACCGGCUUCCGCUCGCUGGCGCAGCUUCGUGCUCUUGUGGAGGUGCCGCAGCUGAAGGAGCUGCACUUGGAUAGUAAUAAACUCAUCUCGCUCGACGUUGUCAUCACGCCGCCACCGGCGUCGCCAGGGACAGCGGAGGAGAUGGUGGCGAACGACUCUGCCGUAGGUGCCGCUGCCGGCGAGGUUGUGUUUCCUCACGUCACGACGCUGAGCCUGUCGCACAACGAAUUGUCUGACUGGCGAGCCAUCGGCGCCGCCAUUGUGCGCGUCUUCCCGGCACUCACGCAGCUGUACCUAACCGACAACAAGCUGGAAGACCUUAUACUGCCGGAGGCCCUCGUCGCACGCGCGGCCGCUGGUGAGGCCCUCACAGCAGAGCUGGAAGACGGUGGCGUGCUGCAGCCGUACCGCUAUCUCCACCCACUGACACUACUGUGCCUGAAGGACAACACUACGCUGUGCAACACCAGAACGGUAGACGCGGUGCGGAUCCUCUGCCCGCAGCUGGCCACCUUCCGCAUCACGUACAGCUCGCUGCUUCCGACUUGGAAUGAAACUAGCAGCCGCAUGUACGUCGUGGCCGCGCUGCCAACGAUCACACUGUUGAACCGGGGCACCGUGCGGCAGAAGGAGCGGCUGGACUCGGAGAUGCUGUACAUCCAGCGUGGGCUGCUGAAGCGUCAGCUGGAUCAGGAGACGCGUGGUGACGCUGACAACGUCGACGCCUCGGCUGCAGUCACGCCGCCUCCGCGCAUUACCUACCCACUCGUGGAUGUGCUCCAGGAGAAGCACAAGGACGUCGUACUCGCCAUCCAACGCGACGGUGACACCGCCAUGACAACGGGCUCCAACUACGUCAUGCUCAGCGUCACGCUCUUUUUUGUGAACGGCUACGCUGCGGCGGCCGACACUUCGUCGUCGUCCAGCCUGACGGUGAAGCAGACGCAGAAGCUGCCGAGCACGCUGACGGUGGCGAAGCUGAAGGCGCUGAUUCGCCAGAUUUUUCAGAUCAAGCCGGUCAACCAGCGGCUCAGCUACCGCAGCGGUGACGACGGUGUGCUGGAGUCGCAGACGCCGCUAGACAACGAGCUGGAGACACUUGGAUACUACGGGGUGUCAGAUGGCGCCAUCGUCUACGUCGAAGACGCCUCGCUGCGGUAG